UCUCUGGUCCUGCUCACUACAAUAGCCAGGCUCUUGUGAAGGAUCUGCCUCUCUCGGCUCAGACAGACGCGCCUCAGAGCAGCAGCCGCACUUCCACUGACUGGCAUCCAGACGCGCAUUCCGGAAUACGAGGCCAUUCUGAGUCGAAGGUUCAUGUGGCGUUUGAAGCAGCUCUCUGGGGUCGCUGUCAGUCACUGUGGAUUCCUGUCUCUAGAAGAGCCCAUACCCCCAUCUUCCUCCUCAGCCCUCCUUCCAGCUCACGAUCUCUGUCACACGACAAGUCACUCCUCGUCCUCCUGCCCAAUUUCCAGCUCCGAACUCUGCUGAGAUGGACACCGAGUCGACCCACUCCGGCUACUCCAGUCGCUCGGGGAGAUCAAACCGCCACGGGGAACGUAGCCGCGACAGACACAAAGGCGGCAGCAGCAAAGACAGCAGUCGCUCCGAGAGAUCUGUCGUGAUCAACCCACCCGACACGCCGUCCCAGGACUCCCCCGUUCACAACGAAGAGCCGCUUCCCGGAGAGCCGUCAGCAGCAGCGGAUCCUGGAGAUGAAGCCCAGGAUGAUAACUGGGGAGAGACCACAACAGCUGUUACAGGAACAUCUGAGCUCAGCAUCUCCCAAGAGGAAGUGGUUGGCCUUGGAAAAGAGAUACAGGAUCGAACACAGGGCUUCCGGCGAUAUCUCCCCCUGGCUGUGGGCUCCUGUGUGGGUCUGCUGGUGCUGGCCACACCCUUGGUCUUCCUGCUUCUCCCAGUCGUAAUGUGGCCAGACAGACUGCAGGCUUGCGGUGCAGCUUGCGAGGGCCUCUUCCUCUCUAUCUCUUUCAAAAUCCUCAUCCUCCUGGUUGCUGUUUGGGCCUUGUUCCUGAGGCCGAGCCGGGCCUGCCUGCCCAGAGUGUGUGUGUAUCGGGCAUUUCUCACCACUCUAACAUUGCUGCUCACCAUGUCCUACUGGCUUUUCUACGGGGUCCGGAUCCUAGAUGCACAGGAUGAAGAUUACCAUGGUAUCGUCCAGUUUGCCGUGUCUCUGGUGGACUCCCAGCUGUUCGUCCACUACCUGGCAGUCGUACUGCUGGAGCUCCGUCACCUCCGACCCUGCUACAGCGUAUGCGUCAUCCGUUCCACAGACGGAGAGACGCGCCACUACAACAUUGGACAGCUGAGCAUUCAACGAGCUGCUUUGACCAUCCUGGAAUAUUAUUACAGAGACUUUCCAUUGCACAAUCCUGCCCUGCUCUCUGCCUCUAAACACAGAACUGCCAAACACCUAGCUGGGCUAAAGGUCUACAACGUGGAUGCCCCAGGGAGUACGGCUGCAGCUCAGCCCAGCAAUGGAAAUCAGUCACGGCCCUUGGUUACACCUGCCACCAAACGCAAAGACAACGCUCACAGUGAGCUAUACUAUGAGGAGGCAGACUAUGAGAGGAGAGUCCGCAAGCGAAGAGCCAGGCUGGUGGUUGCCGUUGAGGAGGCCUUCACACAUGUUCGGCGCAUGAAGAAAGAAGAUGAGAACGCAGCACCGUCCGACAUCAUGGAUGUUCGUGAAGCCGCUCUGGCCGUAUUUCCCUCGAUGGCUCGUUCCCUGCAGAAAUACCUCCGCACCACCAGGAGGCAGCACUGCCACAGCAUGGAGAGUAUCCAGAAGCACCUGGCUUUUUGCCUAGUGAAUAACAUGAGUCCUAAGGCCUUCCUUGAGGCAUACCUCGCUCCCGGUCCGACCCUGCUGUACGGCCCCGAGCGCUGGAUGGCCGAUCAGUGGACUUUGAUCAGCGAAGCUUCAGUGACCAGCGGCAUUAAGGAGGGAACAGAGUUCCUGUUGAAGUGUCUUGAUUUUAGUUUAGCAGUCACAGUCAAAGGCAUCCCUUACAUCCGUUUGACUGAAGAGUACAUUGACCCCAAAUCUCAUAAGUUUAUACUGCUGCUCCAAUCAGAAACAUCUGUUUAGUAGUGAUGCAUUGCAGCGGUGCUGCUGCUCUGUAAAAUGCAGAACUUUUGCAGUUGUCCAGCUGGAUUUUUCCGAGACAAACAUUUUGUACCGUUUUUGUACUUAUGCGUGUUGUUUUUCAAAUUGAUAUGUUGUAGUCAUCGUGACGGACUGGAAUGAGGAUGAAGCGUUGAAAAGCAUUUCUUUCUGAAAACAUUUGCAAGGCUCACUUUAGUUAUACCUCCAUGCACUACAGAUGACAUCUGCAGUGCCUCUGAAAAGCAUUACUGUUGAACUUUUUAACAUUUUGUAAUAUUUUAACCACAAAUUCCAGUUUAUUUCAUAGGCAUGUCAUUAAGCAGGUAAAAUAUUGCACAAUUAAGAAUACAUGGCUUUCAAUUUUAGCUAAAUGCAUUUGAAGUCAUAACUGCUCAGUAAAUAGGCUAUUUUGUCCAACCAUCUUCUGUUGAAUAUAAAAAUACUAAUAUUUUGCAGUGUCUUCACAGCUCGGCACAUUUGGGAAAUUCUUACUUCUUCAAACUAGCACAAGUUCAGUCAGACUGGAUGGAGAGCAUCUGACAAAAGCAAUUUUCAUAUCUUAACACAAACUUACAUUUUAGAUUUAAGUCUGGAAUUUGACUGGGCUAUUCAAAGCAUACCGGAAUAUAUUUCAGAACAACUAAAUUCCAACAAAACAUCUUACAUUUUGUGGUAAUACCAUGAUGCACUGUGAAAAAGUUCAAGGAAUGAACAUAUUUUCAUGCCUCUCUGUUUUCCCUUGGUUUGCAUAUGUCAGUGUGCACCGAUGUGCUGUAGGAAAGUUUCAGAAUUAGGACAAAAGAGGGAUUACAGCAUGUUCACCGCUUUUUCAUAGAGGUUCACAUUGGAGUCUGUCUUAAGCAAUUCAAUAUAAAGUUAAUUCUUUUUACCAGAACCUUAUCACUGUCAAAAGGUCUUAAGUCAUCUCUCAUUAGAAGCCGCACUACUUGUAAUCUUUUAAUGUGUUUGUGAUAAAUUCUUGCAUAGGGUUUUGAAGGCUUUUCAAUGUUCUAGCUGUUUUUCAAAGUCCAAAGGAAGGUUUUGAAGGAACAUCUGAGAAGUAUUUAGCAAGGCAACCUUAAAAGAUCACCCCUUACUGAACAGGAAAAUGUAAAAAAAAAAAGUGUGGUUGUUUGAUACUUUUGCACAGUGCUUUACUCCUUUUUAACAGUAGCAGUUAUUAUUUAUAAUCACCCUGUAUUACAGAUGUAUGUACAGUAUUUAUAUGUAAAUAUGCUUUAUCCCAUUUAACUUUUUAUACAAAAUUGUGCAUUGAUUGCUUGAUAACUUUUUUAUUUUGUGAUUUUUUUUUUUUACCAGUUUGUUUAUGUAUGCAUUAUUUGAUGAGACACAAGGACCACAACUAAUUAAAGACAUGCAAGUAUUAGAUAAAUGAUAGGAGUCUAAUGAACAGAAAGCAAAGCACAGUCCAGCUGAAUACUAAUGUUGUAGUCAGUAGAUUAUGGAAAGACACACUUGGCUACUCUGGUUGAGUGAAUGGAUUAGAAAGAGGACAUCCACGAUAUUAGAAGAUAUAUACAGCCUCAAUGAAAGUUGGUAAACUUAAGAUCUAUUUAGCAGUUUGUUCAGUGAGGAAAAGGGAAUCAUGGGAGAAAUAACUUGAAGUUCUGACCAGCAUUAUCAUCUGAUGUCAGUACUGCCAUUUCUCUCGCUGUAGCUAUGUCACACACAUGCCCUACUUCAUGUUCUCAAACUGUGCCAUCAUUUUGUAAACUAACAAAUGGAAGCAGCUGAAAGUCAUACCUUUCCAUGCAUUCUUAAUUCAUGUUUUACUCUAGGUGGUUUAGCUGCACUACAAUAAUCUAACUUUCAACCCCUUAUUUCAUGGAAACUGUAAGGACUUGAACUGUGUGGUUUGUAAAAGUGUGGAUUGUUUUUUAACAUUUUUCCAAGUUUGGAAAAGCAUGGCAAAAUGAGAAUUCAGAUUACAGAAAGCUUACAUUUCUAGACUUUUAAUUAUACAAGUCUUAAUAUCUGUUAAAUAAAGGGUCCUUUCAGUUUUGUCUGGCACAUCUUAACUUGAGUUUUUGUCCAACUCAUUGGUAAUUUUGGUCAUGGACCAUAAUGGUCUGGCUGCUAAUUGUUGAAGAGCUAACUCUGUUAGCUUUAUUAUGAAGUGUAUUUUGUUCUUGUCCUUUGACCUUCAGUUGCUAAUUUUCUUGAAACUAAGACAUUUAUUGUUUUGUUAUUUUGGACAAGAAGUUGUUUACAACAAAGACAUUGUUUUGGGAUGAGAACACGUACUCUUCUUCUGCAUGGUUGAAUUUUUGAAGAAAGUAAGAGUGCUCCCUCCAUUAUUUUCUGUAGCAAAUAAGCAACCACAAAACUAUUCAACAUAUCUAUUCAUGUUAAAAUCAUAAUUUUUUUUGUCAAGACAUUUUGUGUAUGUUCUCUCUCUACAACACCAACCUGCCACACUUUGUGGUUCCAGAAGACAUGUCCAUAUAUGGUAGUUAAUUUCCUGUUUAACAUUCAAAACAUUCCUUAAAAUAUUUUUGAAAUGGACCAUUUGUAUUCUUAAACUGCCAAUUGUUAAAGCAAUUAUUGAAGAUGAAUAUUUGAGUUUGAAAUUGACUGAGCAAUGUCAGAAUUGCUUUUGUUGUUCAUUUGAUACAUUACUGCCACCUAUCUACCAAGAUUGGAAGAGCAUUCUGAGGAUCUAACUUGAGUUUUGACGUGUGAGGAUAGUUGAUCUGUUUUUUUUUUGUUUUUGUUUUUUUUUUAUUUAUGAGGUUGGUGAUGUUGUAAUAUCUUGAAGUGUUGCUGUGUUCAGAGAAAGUGUAGAGUUGUUUAGGAGCGUUACACACGUGCCUCGGUUAUAUACUGCAUUUUUAGAACCUGUACGAGUGUGUGUGUAUGUUAACAUGGACAAAACCUGAGUAAAGAGACUGAUUUCCCAUAUUUAUGCAACUACAUGUCAUGAGCUCCAGUUUCCCUGUCCUGUUUUAUACAACAAACAUGUAAAACACAGCCAUUCUGGCAAAG